AUGAAUACAUUGCCGAGGGCAUUGAAUAAAUCACGGAUGGCUGUUAUUAUUGACAAAAGCUUCCUGAAAAAAAAAGAAUUGGAAAGUUGUGAGUUCAUAUUGAGUCUCUUCAAACAUGGAGGAUCAAUGUUCUCGCAAAACAACAAGGACAAUUUUGAAGAUUCAGUUUCCAGCUAUGGAAAGAAAUCUUAUCUAAGAACGUUGCAACUUAUCAAAGAAAAAUCAUCAUCUACCACGAUAUCUCACGGAAACAUUGAUUUUGACACUGAACACACGACGAUUCUACAAUAUUUGAAAUCUCAAGGAUUCAAUGCUGGAAGAAUGCCACCGAAUCCAGUUGUUGCGGAUGACAUGAUAAUGGAAAACUAG